GGCGGGGACGAACGAGAAAAAGGACCGAAGAUAACCACUCAUAAUAUGGGAACAAGGCGGGAGCGGUGCCUGGAAAGUGACUAGGAAAUGAAGGAAGCGAGCACACCCGACCAGGGACGCGAACCUGGUGGGAGCAAGCAGCCCGAACAGCAGCAGCGACGGAAGGAUACGCAGAGUGACGAACCAAGAGACAGCAGUGAGAGGUCAGCAAGGCGAGAACGGUGCCCGGAAAGUGACGAGGAAAUGAAGGAAGCCAGCACGCCCGACCGGAGAAAGGAACCUGGUGGAAGCAAACAGCCCGCACAGCAGCAGCGACAGAAGGAUGUGCAGAGAGACGAACAAAGAGAUAGCAGCGAGAGGUCGGGAGCGCAUGCAACGGGUGAGCCGACCGCCCUGCCACACUCCAAUAGAAAGGAUAGAUUAGAUCAAAGGGUACAGCAGACGACAGGAGGUUGGAUACAGGAAACCUCAGAAUCUGCACAAGGAACCCCGGAGCAGAGCCGACAAAAGAAUAAGGGCCUGGAGGGCGGUGAUGGCCUUGAAGCACUCCGGAGCCAAGGAGCUACUCCAGCAGGACAGAGGGAUAAACUCCGCGGCAAGGAAGCAGAAGACAACCCGCAAGCAGCAACCCUGGGACUGGAAGACCUGCGGCUGGAAGACCUGCGCUCGGCGAAACUUCUAUCGAGUCAACCCUUCGACCUGCGAAGCCAGGACAGAAUCACGCGUGACGCUAAGAGGGAGAUGGAAGAAAUCUGGGAUGUGAGUAUGGAGGAACCACAACGCGGACUGAUUGGAAAGAAGCGAGCUAGACUCCGGAAGAAGAUACGAGUAGCAUCGAACGCCGCUGAAACCGGUCAAGAAACAAGUGCUUCGGAAGCGGAGGCAGCCAAGCGUCCCAAAGCGGUGAUGGAUAAGCCCCUCUUACCUACUCCAUUGGGCGAGGUGGAACCGGAACUCGGCACAGCAGGCCCUGCGCUUGGCGAGACGGCGUCGAAACCAGCCACAGCGUGGGCAAACCCUUUGGUCCUAAGCAGCUCGACUUCUCUCUCUCUCUCCCCGACCCUGCCUCCCCCAGGACCUCUGGGUGAGUCAAAUGCGGUGGCUCAAAUCCAGGUGGACGACAUGGAACUAAUGGAGUACCAGAGGUUGCAGGAAGAGCAAGAGAAGCCGGGACUGAUCCAACGAGAAGAGGAACAAAGAGCCUUCGAUGAUAUCCACGUACGCAGAAUGCUGCUGUUGGAUGUGAAAUUUGAUGAACUCCGAGAACAGGGACGUCUCAGAGUCGUCCCCCUGGUCCUUCGCCUAACAGAGAUAAAGCUGCAAAUUUUGCUCAGUCCAGGACAAGCGACGGACAGGCCGCCGAAGAUCCCAUUCAUCAAGUUUGCAGGGCAUCCUUCGAUGCAGAAAGCGAUCGUGACAGCGGAGAGAUGGUUGGGUGGGGCCUAUGAAGUGCUCCCAAUGAAAGGAGUCUCAGCGAUUCGCCUGCGUUUGAAAUCAGAUUCCGGGGAAAGUUUGGGAGCAUACUGCUUCAUGCUCAGGGCGGAGCCCCGGCCGCAGGCAAAUCACGAGGAAGACCCUCACUUCAGCUGGACAGACCUGGAACCACUAAUCCUGGAGCUGCCGGAUCCAGAGGAGAACUCCACAGUACAGGACGACACGACAACCAUUCUGGCACUGCUAAAUCAAAGAUUACCGGAGAACAAAAGAUUCACGCAUCGGACGUUUAUCACAGAUCCGGAAACGUGGCUGCGAGACCCUCGGCACGGAGGAAGACAGACGGGCCGCAUUCCGGUCAUCCUGCAUCAUGGAUGCGCCUCGACUCAUCGACUGCGCCGCAAGACUACAAAGAACUAGGAAAAGCCUUUGGUAAGUGAUAAAACUGAUAUAGCUAC